AUGGAGUCAGUCUCGCCUUUCUACUCCCACACCCCGGAGGUGCGCUACUGCCCGCCAUGGCAAGACUUGAGCAUUAUUGGCAUCGCCGGCAGCUCGGGGUCCGGCAAGACCUCGGUGGCCAUGGAGAUCGUGCGGUCAUUGAAUCUGCCGUGGGUGGUGAUUCUCGUCAUGGACUCAUUCUACAAGUCGUUAUCUCCAGAAGAGCAUCGCUUAGCGCAUGCCAACAAUUACGACUUUGACUGCCCGGAUUCGAUCGAUUUUGAUCUUCUGGUGAAAACGCUCCGCGAUUUAAAAAAGGGCCAAAAAGCCAAUAUUCCGAUCUACUCCUUUGCUGAUCACCAGCGCCAACCCCAAACGACCACCCUCUACUCGCCUCGGGUGCUGAUCCUAGAGGGAAUCUUGGCACUUCAUGAUCCAAGAAUCGUGGAGAUGCUAGAUGUCAAGAUCUUCGUGGAGGCAGAUAUGGAUGUCUGCUUGGGCCGCAGAGUGUUGCGAGAUGUCCGUGAAAGAGGGCGAGACAUUGAAGGAAUCAUCAAACAGUGGUUUGACUUUGUCAAGCCAUCUCUCAAGACAUACGUAGACCCCCAGCGAAUUAUCUCCGAUAUCAUCAUUCCGCGUGGAAUUGAAAACAAGACCGCCAUCGACAUGGUUGUCAAGCACAUCCAGCGCAAACUUGAAGAAAAGUCCGAGGUGCAUACCGAGGAGUUGCGCAAGCUCGGUUUACUAGCCGCCAAAGUCGAUCUGCCCCCAAAUGUGCAUGUGAUGCCCUCGACGAACCAGUUCCUUGGGAUGAACACGAUUCUGCAGGACCCCGAGACAGAGCAUGUCGACUUCGUGUUCUACUUUGAUCGGCUUGCCUCCAUGCUAAUUGAGAAAGCCUUGGACAUGACUUCAUACGUCCCAACAAGCGUGGAAACUCCACAAGGCAACCACUACCUCGGCCUGACCACCACGGGCAUUAUAUCAGCCGUUGCCAUCCUGCGUGGGGGCUCAUGUUUAGAAACUGCUCUGAAGCGGACUAUUCCCGACUGUAUCACGGGCCGCUUAUUGAUUCAAACUAAAGAGAAUGAUGAGCCCGAGUUGCACUACUUGAAACUGCCUUCGCACCUGGAAGAGCAUGCCAUGGUCAUGCUCCUCGACCCCCAGAUGUCCAGCGGUGGUGCUGCGCUGAUGGCUGUUCGAGUUUUGAUUGACCACGGCGUGGACGAGAAAAAGAUUGUCUUCGUGACGUGUGCCGCUGGGGCGAUGGGUCUGAAGCGGCUGACUGCUGUGUAUCCGCAGAUCACGGUUGUUGUGGGUCGCAUUGAGGAAGAGGGCGAGCCGCGGUGGAUGGAGAGGCGGUAUUUUGGAUCCUGA